AUUUCGUAUCAUAUAAAAUAUCGUUUCAAUGAAGAUUUAGAUGACUUCUCAUUUGAAAAUAAUACGCUUCUAUUGAUUAAAUCAUUGUGAAUUUUUACUUAUUCAGUGUCUAAUAAGCUUGAAAUUAUGGCAAAGGCUGUAAUUUUUGUUUUAUUUGCUUUUUGUUCAACUAUACUUGCUAACCCACUUUGGCCUUUCUAUUAUGAACAUGAUGGUAUUGAACACACUUAUUCAAUUGGCCUUGAAAUCGGAGAAAUGAAUUCCCAAGUUGGUCCAUUCCGCUUGUCCGUUUGGUUACUUAAAGAUAUUUCAAUUGGAGCGGUUUCUGAUGCGAAACAUCAAUUGAGCGAAGCUACAAUCUUUGCAGGUCCUGCAUCGCACAAUUUUACGAUAAAAUCAGAUAUGCCAUUCAGUCAAGUCACUCAGAUGUCUUUUCAAUGGGAAAGCAUGGAUUCUUCGUAUGCUGACGAUGUUAACUUUCAGACUGCUUACUUGACUGAAACUACACCAAACCAAACUCAUAUUACCAAGAAAUAUUGUAACAUUGAGAAUGAGUAUCCACGAAAUUGGGGUAGUUGUGAUGCCAGGCAAUGGCUAUACCUGUGCUAAUUGUUUGAAUCAAUCUAGUUUGGUUGCAGCUAUUGAGACCUGCAAAACUACAAGAGUUAAUAAAUAAAAGUUUUUACUAAUCAGCAAUUCAACACUUUGAUACGAUCAGCUGUAUAAUGUUUUCAUUGGACGAGUUGUCUCGAAACAAAUCUUUGUUCUUUUCGUGGUGAUUAAAAUUUCUGACUAGAAAAUCAGUAUUUUAAUAAAAAUUAAAUAGCGAUGAUUGUUGAUAAAAGCGUCUUUAACCUAUUGUCAAUUUUAAAUUAAAAUACUUUUAUGGAAACAA